AGUACGUAAGAGCGUCAUCCUUCUCGCUGUCCAAUCAGAUGUCGGCUGGGCUAACUCAAUCCGAGAGAGACAUUGGAACUUCCUUUUUUUUUUAGUUGGCCCAGUUUCACCGUGACGUGUAAGACCGGGGAGUCCGUCAAACCGAGCACUUUGUCAAAAUGAAGUUUGUUGGUGUUGUUCGCGGAGAAAUUAAGUAAGUUCCGGGGGAAGAAGACAAGUCGCUCAGCUCGUGUUGGCUCGCUCUCGGUCGCAACAAUGCCUGCGCUGGUGGGGAGAGGAGAUGGAGGCGCUAGCGGACGUCUGCUGCUGUUGCCGAUCGCCGCCGCGUUGUUGCUGUCGCUCGGAGUAGCUGCCAUUCAGGAAGAGCAGAAGGCAGUCCAGGAGCAGCCCCAGCAGGAGAAAGCCUCCACUCCCCAUCCCGUGGGACCGAUCGUCACAGAGGAUGGCUCCAACAAGAGGAACAUGGGAUUCAUCCACGCCUUCGUGGCUUCUUUCUCAGUCAUCAUCGUCUCAGAGUUGGGAGACAAGACGUUCUUCAUCGCAGCCAUCAUGGCCAUGCGUUACAACCGCCUCACCGUGCUGGCAGGGGCCAUGCUGGCUCUGGGGGUUAUGACCUGUCUCUCGGUGCUGUUCGGCUACGCCACCACCAUCAUCCCCCGGAUCUACACGUACUACGUGUCCACCGCGCUGUUUGCCAUCUUCGGGGUGCGCAUGCUGAGAGAGGGGCUGAAAAUGAGUCCAGAUGAAGGGCAGGAGGAGCUCGAGGAGGUGCAAGCAGAGAUCAAGAAGAAAGACGAAGAACUUCAGCGCUCAAAGCUGGCUAACGGCGCUCCAGACGUGGAGGCGGGAACAGGAACCUCCCUACCUCAGUCAAAGUGGCACAAACUCAUUUCACCAAUCUUCAUCCAAGCCUUCACGCUCACCUUCCUGGCUGAGUGGGGGGACCGUUCUCAGCUCACCACCAUUAUUCUAGCUGCCAGAGAGGAUCCCUUUGGAGUCGCAGUAGGUGGCACGAUUGGCCACUGUUUGUGUACAGGACUCGCCGUGAUUGGAGGAAGAAUGAUUGCUCAGAAAAUCUCCGUGAGGACAGUUACCAUCAUCGGAGGGAUUGUGUUCCUGGCGUUCGCCUUAUCUGCCCUGUUCAUCAAGCCAGAAGCUGGGUUUUAAUUGGUGUGUGUGUGUGUGUGUGGGGGGGGGGGAAAUGAAACUGUUCAUUCUGUAAAUAAGUGUAAGAUAUGGCUGAUUUGCUGUAAAGAGACUUUGGUUUUGGACUCUGUCGUCCCAUUAGCUGUUCUGGCCACGUUGAUUAUCAGUUAUUUGGCUCAUGGUGGUCCAGGCUCCUCAUGUAGGAGACAACCCGACUUUCUAAGAAAAAAAAAAAAAAGGGAAGUCCAUCUUCUGUUUAGCUCCUCGUCUGACCGGCUUUUGCUUUGCUCAACUUCUGCCUGCAUCAGCCGAGUUCUUGGGAAAACAGGAUUACAUUCCCUCACGGGUUGAAACUUGCACCCAUCACGCUGACAGGAGGUGCAGCAUCUCACUCUCAACAAGAUGUUUCAACCCCCUCAAAAGGCUCCGGAUUCAUGCCAGGACAGAAACUCCUUUCAGCCUCUCAUAUGGUCCGCUGGUGGAACAGGCGGCAGCCGGAAGAGGAAGAGUUCCUGCGCUCUCUGUGUCUCCAGCUGAACGUGACAUGCAGGACUUUUCCCCACUCUGUAGUCUAAAUGUAGGCGCUCAGCUCAUAGCAUGGUACAGUACAGACCCGGCGGAGCUCCUUCAUGCCGUGUUCAGGUCUGCUGUAAAAAUAAAGAACUGCAGAGUAUCGGUGUUGAUGCCACUAAUGAUGCUGUACUGUACUGUGUUGUGCAGAAAGCCAUGAGUCUGUUGCUUUUAAAUGUUUAGGAGAAGCUCUUUAUAUUUUAAUAUGAACCUGUUAUUGACUGUUAACCAAAUAUUUGUGAUAGAUCUACCAGCUGCUUCAUGUGAGCAUUAGAGUUGGACUCUCUUAUUUCUAGCUUCCACUAAAAGAUGUUUUCUUUUGUUUUCCUGCUCCAUAGUUCUAAGUUGACCUGCUGCAAAUAAACUGCAGUAGAACAAAGGCACAUAUUGAUGCCUUUUUCCCAUCUUAAGAUGUUUUAUUAAAGGUGAAAUAUGAGCGUCUCUCAUAGUAUGACAAGGACCUGAAUCACUUUAAUACCUCUGGAUCAGCUAAGCACAGUUUUUGUACAGUUUUUACAUAUUCGCUUGUGUUUCCAAACCAAGAAACUUCUCACAGAUUCUUCUCCGGGCACGUUUUGUUUCCGAUUGGUUCCCAGCACAGAUAAAGUGAGCUGUUCCUGCUGGUAAAGGCCAGUCAUCACCACCUCAGGUUGACUCUUCCUCUACUCUUGAUACCACUUCCUGUGUGCAUCACACACAGGAAGUAACAGAAAAGAAACGAAUCCAUCGGGUAAAGAAUCCGACUGACCCACCAGAAAUCCCUUACUACAUCAACACAAUGAAAUUUGUCUUUUAUUUAAAGUUGUGUAUUUAUUUAGGUUCAUUUCUUUUUAGCCAUUUCUUCGGUAGACAGAGUGGGAGGCUUCUGUGAGCUGGGUGUGAAUUUUCUUUUCGUUGUCAAUGAAGGGGCUUAAGUUGCGCUGUCAAUAUUUGACAGGCUCAACCCAGCUGUGAAAUACUUCUGUUUGUCGUUUGAUUUGAUGAAUCGUCAAUAAACUUAGAAUGAUUCAUAAAAA